UUAUUGUCAUAAUAAUGCAACAAGUAGAUCAAAAUUUUCUUUUGUUAAUCUUUCUUAUUGUGCAGUUUUUGGAUUCCUGAAGAAUCAAUCCAAGCUCCCUUAUUUUAUAGUAAAGCGCCUUGGACAAUAUUCAUCGUGCUUAAUUAAUGGAGUCGCCGUAUGGAGAGUCGGCGGAACCUGAUUAGAAUUUUAUGUUAUCAGUGAUAUCAGCGUUGUCCGCAGGCAGCAAGAGAGUAGCUGUCAGUGAGCAAUGGACAGUAUCCAUUGGAAGAGUGUCGUCAUUUCUUCUCGUGUUAACCUUAUAUUAUUUAUAUUAUGUACAUCGAUCAAAUCAACUGUCACGGUUAAUUAAAUCUGUGAGCGGAUUCUUUGUAUUCAGAUAUACUAUAGUCCAAAUUGUUAUUUUGUGAGGGUAUAUAAAUAGAAUUUUGUUUUAAAAAUUCCAUUUUAUAUUUUGGCAUGGGACUUGUAAAACUAUAAAGGAUGACAUAAUCCUCAUAUACUAGCUUAGUUUUAAGUACUUUUACGUUUACAAAGUCGUGAAUUUUUAUAUUCGUAAAUAAAUUAUUACACUUUUGCUAGCGUAUCAUUAUGUGAUUAGGCCUAGCAGACUAUAAGAAAUAUUUAAUUACAUAAAAUUAGAUUGAUCGUUUGGAAUGUACUUUCUUUUUAAUUGUUAUUUCUCAAAUUCUCAAUUUUCUGGUAAACCAUAAUGAAGCAAUUGGAUGAAGCUCAUAGUGUCUUGAAUACAUUUAAUAUUCUGCAUAAAUAUAAUGUGAAAGUAGAAAAGGCAGAUAAAUGAAAUUUCUCAAUUAGACAUUAAUAUAACGCAUCCUGGAAUAUUAAUUAAACAAAAAUGUCACGUACAAUGAGAUUCAUGAAUUUUUGUCUAAGAAGAGACAUUACUGUGCUAUAUAAAAAUUUACAUUUAUACCGGGUAUUGAAAUCGAUGAAUAUAUCAGAUAUAUAGAUUAAAAAAAAGCCAGGAUGAUACCAAGGAAACGAUUACAAAUCCUGCUAUACGUAAUGCACGUGUUCUACGUGUUUGGCGAUGGCGACACCACGGGUACAGAAGGUUCAUCAACGAGUCCUGUUACUAAAAACGUGGACUUCGUCCAGGAGGUCCUUACGGAGGGGGAUAUCUCAACAUUUGAAAAUAAUUUGCACUCAAGUGAAUCUAUUGGGUAUACUAAUGUAUACAAAGAAGAGAACGCAUCAACGUUAGAACCAAGAGACUCAGAUUGGAAAUCGAUAAACGAUUUCAUUAAACGUAAUACUAUUGAUACAAGCUCUGCGGUGUCUGACAAUUCUACAGAACCCAUAGAAUUCAGUAAUACCAUUUCUAUGGACGAAUAUCUCGAGACAAGAGAGUCGAACGCGUUGCGUUUAUUAUCAACAGAUAAUGAAACUGCUGCAGUACAGAAUCUGACAAUUACCAGUAUUGGUACAAAUGACAUUGCUGUAUCAUGGACUCUCAAUGCAUCUAGGAAUGACUUAAACUUUUAUAUGAUACAAUGGUACCAAAAUACUACUGCGAUAGGAAGUUGUAAUCAGUCGUCAUCGUUAAAUAGUUACAUUGUAAGAGACCUGAAUCCCAAUACUAAUUACACGAUAACAAUAACACCUGUUACGAAUUUGAUGGGAACACCAGUAUCUGUUUAUGGAGUCACUAAGACAUCCCCGAUAUCAGCUGUUCGACAACUUAAUGUCACUGGCUUGGAGUAUGGCUUAUGUGCAUCCUGGAUCUCUCCCAUUGAAGCCAGUCUUGUCUCUUGGUAUUAUAUUAAUGUUUGGUACGAACUUGAUGGAAAAAACAUUAGUGUUUCAACUAGUACUACCGACUUGUACGUCAAUAUAACAGGCCUGAAUGCCUGUACAAAGUACAAUGUCGAAGUAAUACCUUAUAGUAGUUCUGAAGGAAACGGUACAGCUGCAUUUACCACUGGGGACACACUUGACUGUGUACCUGGUGCACCAACCGAUCUAAUAACUAGCAUCAGUGGUUUUUGGGUGCUACUAACGUGGGAGGCACCAACAACAAAUAUUCAAUGCUUGUUACAUUAUUUUGUGACAACUUGUAGCAGAGGCAACUGCACCACAACAACUGUUACUGUCGAAACGUACAAUGUUACGAAUCUUAAUCCAUGUGUGGAUUAUACAUUUUCUGUGACUGCUGUUGGAAACGCUGGAGAAUCUGCCAAUAUAAGCACCAGCGCAACUACAUCUUACGUUACUCCUGGAGCACCACUUCUCUUGACAGCGACACCAGGACAAUUUUCUUUGAACAUCAGCUGGCAGAUGCCGACGAUUGCUGCUACUUGUAUCAAGCAUUACCGUAUAACUUUGUGGGAUACGGUAACUGAAACUACGACAAAUAAUUAUAUUAGGAUAUCUGGUUUAUACGCAUGUAUGACUUACACUGCACAAGUGAACGCAGUUGGUAUAACCAAUGGCGAUGGUCCAUUUGAUACUACUAUACAGACUACUGAAGAAUCUGUAACCGAUGCGCCAGUCCUUAACGUAAGUCCUUGGGUCACGAUGAGCACCAUAUCCAUAGGCUGGCGUAUUUUAAGUUACAUGAAUAAUUGUCCCUUGUACUCUGUCGUUACUGUUUGCAAUUGGAUUUCAACCGACGGGCAUGGUUUUGAACUUUUGAGUGGAAUGUCGACCGAUAGUAUUUCAUCUUUGGUAGAUCUAUUAGUUAACAUCACAGUAUCGGAUCUUAGUCCUUUUACCACUUACAGCUGUCAAGCGCUUACAAUUAAUUCGGCAGGGAAUAGUUCGCUUAGUACAGUUGUAAGCGCUAUUACAUCAGAGGACGUGCCAUCGGCGCCGACAUUUAAUGUCAUUGGUAUCACCAAUACCAAUUUCACAUUAACAUGGAGUAAACCAGAUUAUUUAGCUGGUUACUUAACCACGUUUGAAGUUAUACUUGACUGGGAUACAUUGUUCCUAAUGCCUGAUUGGUGCCAGAUGAAUAGAGUGACGAGUACUAAUAUUUCUGAUAUCGACGGUAGCAGUUUAGCUUACACGUAUGCAAGUGGUGUACCUUAUUCCAAUUAUUCAGCAAGAAUCAGAGCUCGAACUGGAGCUGGUUGGGGUGUAUACAGUGAUUGGAUUUACUUUGAGACCAAAAUUGGAGUUCCUGGCACUGUAGAACUUUUGUCAUACUCCAUUACCAAUAACGAAAAUGAUCCAGACACUUUGGAUACUACUGUAUCAUGGAGUUUACCAUGUGCCUUACAUGGGGAGAUUGAUUACUUCCAUAUUUCCGUUUAUGGUACAAGAACAGAUUUUAAUGACGAUUUCUUCGAUCGAAUAUAUAAUAUAACUACAGCUAUUGGCAAUAAUGAUAUAUUCUCGAUUAAUCUUGGAGAAUUAAAGGCGGAAUACAAUUAUACUUUCGAAGUAUCAGCGAAAGUAAUUGACUUGGAUGUACUAGGAGCACCCGACUCGACUAGCGUUCUGUAUCCAGCUGGAAUUCCUGCACAACCGAGUAAAGAUUAUGUCAAACUGAUCACAUUAGAUCCUCAGAAGGCACAAAGAACGACAACCACAGCUGUCGUGUUGCUGCCUAUUUUUCCCCAUACAAACGGAGAGAUCUUGUUUUAUGCUAUAACAGUAUCUGAGGUUGGAUACAAUACUGCACGACAGGCUAGACUUGACAUUAGGAAUGGAAACUGGCCUAAUAUCUCAGCCUGGCAAGAAUCCAUGCUGGCAGAAUUUGUUAUCCCUUAUCAGGCAACUCGAAAAUCCUGGAAUCCAGCUUACUCCAACCAUGUAGUCGAUUAUGGCCACAUGAGUGCCGUCAAGUACGUCAUUGGUGAGGAUAUCACCUGCAAGGAGUUAUCAGCAAAUACAGAAUCACGAUUGUACUGUAAUGGUCCUUUGAAACCUGACAUGUUGUACCAUGUACGAAUGCGAGCAUUCACUAGUGGCGGUUAUGCAGAUUCCGUUACGUUCACCGUCAAGACAGACGCCGAAUUAAACGUCGCUUUUGUGAUUGGGGUGGUGUUUGGAAUUCUAUUUCUGGGCCUUAUUAUCACAAUGAUGUUACUCGUUCGCAAAGGUUCUCUACAGUCAGUCUUGAGAAGAUUGCUACACUCGGAUAUGCCGGGUUCUCCUGUACCUGCUCCGUUCACCAGACGGAAAUUUAUUGCACACUGUCAACAGCUCGCUGAGAAUCCCGGAAAGCUCAGCAAUGAGUUUCAGUUACUUCAGACGCUCAGUAUAGACCUGCAGAUGCCGACGAACGCUGCAUGCUUGCAGGCUAAUAAAAAGAAGAAUCGAUACACGGAUAUAUUACCAUAUGACUUUUCGAGAGUGAAACUUGAAAUUAUCGACAACGAUCCUAAUUCGGAUUCCGAUUAUAUCAAUGCAUCCUUUAUAAGAGGAUAUUCCGGAACUGAUGAGUACAUUGCUUGUCAAGGGCCAAAAGAUGAUACCACUUAUGAUUUUUGGAGGAUGGUCGACCAGUACGACGUUAAAAUCAUUGUCAUGUUGACGCAACUCGUCGAGAAAGGAAAAGAAAAGUGUCAUCAGUACUUCCCGACCAUUCGCGAAUCAUUCAAUUAUGAGCACAUGACGAUAAGAUGCACCAGUGAAUUGGAUUUCCGAACGUACACGCAGAGGACACUCGCUUUACAAAAGGACAAUGAAAAGCGUAACAUAAUGCAUCUUCACUUUAAAGACUGGCCAGAUCAUGAUGUACCUGAAGAUUUCGAAUCGAUGAUUCAUUUCUGCCAAAUAAUGCGUCGACAAAUGUCAGUCAAUAAAGGCCUGGUUGUUGUACAUUGCAGCGCCGGAAUAGGCAGGACGGGGACUUUGAUAGCCCUAGAUAUAUUACUGCAGAGUAUCAGAGAUAACAGGAAAUUGGAUGUAUUUGGUACUGUUUACAGAUUAAGACGUUGCCGAAUUAAUAUGGUGCAACGAGAGAGUCAAUACGCUUACAUUUACAAUUGUAUAAGGCAAGUCCUUAAGAAUCCUUUCUGUUUAAAAUCAUACAAACCACCACCUGUCGAUCCGAUCUACGAGAACAUCUCAAGGAAGAAGAAAGAAAGGUCAAGUUCGAAUAUGAACCUAGUCAGCAGCCUAGAGACGUUAAGAAAAAGUAGCCCAACUCCGUCGAUUGACUCUACGGAGCCAAUGUUUGAUUCUUCGCCACAACCUAUUUUGAAGAGCCAAAUAAGCACAACAAGUAAUGGUUUGAGGUAUUCUAAGUCCACAAGUGCUAUUCAUUCCAAGACCCCUCAAGUUCCCAUAGGGAAGUACGGUAGCCAGGAGUAUCCUGUCUAUGAAUCGAUAAGGGAUUCAGAGUCAUUAAGCAGCAAGCAGAGUACGGAGAGAGGAGAUAUAAGUGGGUCAAGGAGUUCAACAUAUGAAAAUCUUCCUAACUUAACACGUUCAAAAUCGGUGCAUACGUUUGGCAAAAAUCAAGUCUUGUAUUCUUAUAUGUCACAAAAAUCAUUGCAGAAAGAUACAUCGAUAUGAGUAUUUAAAAUAAAUCUUCUUGUACCUAUUAUCUUUUGGAAUGGAAUUUAUGUGUAAGUACAUUGACAAAAAUAUUUACAAUGAUUUUAUAUUCUAUAUAUAUAUAUUUAUACAGCGACUGAGUCUGCACAAAUGUUAUUCUAUAAUGCAGACACUUGUAAC